AUGGCGGGGCUCCCCAAGCACAGGUCUGGUGACGGGGAUACCGUCCUGGUGCUGUCUCAUUUAUUUGCUUUAGUGGGACUGGCUUUGAGUAGCUUCUCCGCGGCCUUGCUCGAGAAGAGAGGACGCUGGGCAGUAGGUUUCUGGGGCGGAGAUACCCCCGACGGCCUUUCUGCGGUGCUGGCGGGGCUGUCGCGCCUCCGGAGCCAGGCGCUGGGAGAGCAGCGCGUGUUGGAAGAAGAUCUGUUAAGCGCUGUUUGCAGGGAAGUAGUCGAGAAGUGGUCUGAAUCUCAGAUUGUUGACGCCAAAGAGAAAAAAGCAGAUGAGAUCCAGGCCAUCGCCAGCAUGAUGGAGAAGCAGGCCAAGAUUGUGGUGAAGCCCAAGGAGGUCUCCCAGGAGGAGAAGCAGAGGAAAGCUGCCCUCCUGGCCCAGUAUGCCAACGUGACGGACGAGGAGGAUGGCGAGGACGAACAGGAUGGAUCGGCUGCGACAGCAGUAAAUAUUGGAUCGGAAAAAUCGCUGUUCCGAAACACCAACGUGGAGGAUGUCUUGAACGCCAGGAAGCUGGAACGGGAGCUGCUGCGAGACGAGUUCCAGAAGAAGAAAGAGCAGGACAGACUCCAGCGAGAGAAGGACAAGCUGGCCAAGCAGGAGCGGAAGGAAAAGGAGAAGAAAAGGACACAGAAAGGCGAGCGGAAGCGAUAGCUGGGUUUUCCCGUUGGACUCUCAAGGGAUAAGAUUAAUUACGAAUACGGUGUGUG